AUGUCGAAACGAAUCCAAUCCUUCUUCCAACCAUCCCAAGAACCCAAAGUGGAGCCCUCCUCACCUGACCCAUCCCAGCCCUCAAACGCCCUCGAUAUACAACAAGAACCACCAACCCACCACCCAACCUACCCCUUCCCAAUUCCCUCCCUCCCUACACACCUAUCCAAUGCCCUAUCCAACAUAACCUCCACCCCGAAACCCAUAACAACCAUCCCCCACCUCGACCUCCUCUACUUCCAACCACUCCUCCCACCCGAAACAGCCAACAGUCUCUUCCACUUCCUGCGCGACUCCCUCCCCUUCCACAAAGUGCAGUACACAAUCCACCGCGGCAAGACCCCAACCAAGAUAACGACCCCAAGAUACACGACCGUCUUCGGCGUGGACGCGACAUCCACAUUCACAAGCGACUCAAACAAGACCCUCCUCUUCACCGCCACCGACACCCCGAAAUACAAAUGCCAUCCACGCCCAAUCCCAGCCUGUCUGGAGCACCUCCGCCAAACAAUCCAAUCCGUGACCGGCACCCCGUCUGACUACUACAAUUUCAUCUUGGUGAACUACUACGCCUCAAACACAGAUAGUAUAAGCUACCACUCUGACGACGAGAGAUUCCUCGGCCCGAACCCUAGCAUUGCGUCUUUGUCGCUGGGCGCGAAGAGGGAUUUCCUGUUGAAGCAUAAACCAGGCAUACAGGCGGGGCCGUUGAAGUUCCCCCUUGCCAGUGGUGAUAUGGUGGUUAUGAGGGGCGAGACGCAGGCGAAUUGGUUGCAUAGUGUUCCUAAACGGGCGGGCGAUGGGGGCGGCAGGAUUAAUGUGACGUUUCGGAGGGCUUUGGUCCCUGGGGGCACGGAGAAUUAUUAUAG